CGAUGCAUGAGCGCCAUGCAGGAGGGCACGCAGAUGGUGAAGCUUCGCGGCAGCUCCAAGGGCCUGGUCCGCCUCUACUACCUGGACGAGCACCGCUCCUGUCUCCGCUGGCGACCCUCACGCAAGAACGAGAAGGCCAAGAUCUCCAUCGACUCCAUCCAGGAGGUGAGCGAGGGCCGGCAGUCUGAGAUCUUCCAGCGCUACCCUGACGGCAGCUUUGACCCCAACUGCUGCUUCAGCAUCUACCACGGCAGCCACCGCGAGUCCCUGGACCUGGUCUCGCCCAGUGCCGACGAGGCGCGCACCUGGGUCACCGGCCUGCGCUACCUCCUGGCUGGCAUCAGCGACGAGGACGGCCUGGCCCGGCGUCAGCGCACCAGGGACCAGUGGCUGAAGCAGACGUUUGACGAGGCGGACAAGAAUGGGGACGGCAGCCUGAGCAUCGGCGAGGUCCUGCAGCUGCUGCACAAACUCAACGUGAACCUGCCCCGGCAGCGGGUGAAGCAGAUGUUCAGGGAGGCAGACACGGAUGACCGCCAGGGCACCCUGGGCUUUGACGAGUUCUGCGCCUUUUACAAGAUGAUGUCCACCCGCCGGGACCUCUAUCUGCUCCUGCUGACCUACAGCAACCACAAGGACCACCUGGACGCCGCAGACCUGCAGCGGUUCCUGGAGGUGGAGCAGAAGAUGAAAGGUGUGACACUCCAGACCUGCCAGGACAUCAUCGAGCAGUUUGAACCCUGCCCGGAGAACAAGAGCAAAGGGGUGCUGGGCAUUGACGGCUUCACCAACUACACGCGCAGCCCCGCCGGGGACAUCUUCAACCCGGAGCACCACCGCGUGCACCAGGACAUGACGCGGCCGCUGAGCCACUACUUCAUCACCUCGUCCCACAACACCUACCUCGUGGGCGACCAGCUCAUGUCCCAGUCGCGGGUGGACAUGUACGCCUGGGUCCUGCAGGCCGGCUGCCGCUGCGUGGAGGUGGACUGCUGGGACGGGCCGGACGGGGAGCCCAUCGUGCACCACGGCUACACCCUGACCUCCAAGAUCCUCUUCCGAGACGUCAUCGAGACCAUCAACAAGUACGCCUUCGUCAAGAACGAAUACCCCGUGAUCCUCUCCAUUGAGAACCACUGCAGUGUGGCCCAGCAGAAGAAGAUGGCCCAGUACCUGACGGACAUCCUCGGCGACAAGCUGGACCUGUCCUCGGUGACCAGUGAGGACGUCACCAGCCUCCCCUCGCCGCAGAUGCUCAAGGGCAAGAUCCUCGUCAAGGGGAAGAAGCUCCCAGCCACCAUCAGCGAGGACGCCGAGGAAGGCGAGGUGUCUGACGAAGACAGUGCUGACGAGAUGGACGAGGACUGCAAGCUCCUCGACGGGGAGGCCUCUACCAAUCGGAAGCGUGUGGAAAACAUUGCUAAGAAGAAGCUGGACUCUCUCAUCAAGGAGUCAAAGAUCCGUGACUGCGAAGACCCUAACGACUUCGCUGUGUCCACACUGCCCUCGCCUGGAAAACUCGGGCACAGAGCGGAGGCCAAAAAGGGUCAGAGCAGGGCUGAGGAGGACGUGGAGUCUGGGGAGGACACUGGGGCCGGCAGGCGCAACAACCGCCUUCUCAUGAGCAGCUUCUCCAAGCGCAAGAAAAAGGGCAGCAAGAUAAAGAAGGCGGCCAGCGUGGAAGAGGGGGACAAAGAUCUGGACUCCCCAGGAGGCCAGAGCCGAGGGACGGCCAGGCAGAAGAAGACCAUGAAGCUGUCCCGGGCCCUGUCGGACCUGGUGAAGUACACCAAGUCCGUGGGUCCUCACGACGUGGAGACUGAGGUGGCCUCCAGCUGGCAGGUGUCGUCCUUCAGCGAGACCAAAGCCCACCAGAUCCUGCAGCAGAAGCCGGCCCAGUACCUGCGCUUCAACCAGCACCAGCUCUCCCGCAUCUACCCCUCCUCCUACCGCGUGGACUCCAGCAACUACAACCCGCAGCCCUUCUGGAACGCGGGCUGCCAGAUGGUUGCUCUGAACUACCAGUCAGAGGGGAGGAUGCUGCAGCUGAACCGCGCCAAGUUCAGUGCCAACGGCAGCUGUGGCUACGUGCUCAAGCCCUCGUGCAUGUGCCAGGGUGUCUUCAACCCCAACGCCGAGGACCCUCUGCCCGGGCAGCUCAAGAAGCAGCUGGCCCUGAGGGUCAUCAGCGGGCAGCAGCUGCCCAAGCCUCGAGACUCCAUGCUGGGCGACCGGGGAGAGAUCAUCGACCCUUUCGUGGAGGUGGAGGUCAUCGGGCUCCCGGUGGACUGCAGCAAGGAGCAGACCCGCGUGGUGGACGACAACGGGUUCAACCCCAUGUGGGAGGAGACGCUGGUGUUCACGGUGCACAUGCCCGAGAUCGCGCUCAUCCGCUUCCUGGUCUGGGACCACGAUCCCAUCGGCCGGGACUUCAUCGGCCAGAGGACGCUGGCCUUCAGCAGCAUGCUGCCAGGCUACCGGCAUGUGUACCUGGAAGGAAUGGAAGAGGCGUCCAUCUUUGUGCACGUGUCUGUCAGUGACAUCAGUGGUAAGGCCAAGCAGGCCCUGGGGCUAAAAGGCCUCUUCCUCCGCGGCCCAAAGCCCGGCUCGCUGGACAGUCCUGCUGCUGGGCCGCCCCGCGCCCGGCCCUCCGUUAGCCAGCGGCUGCUGCGGCGCACAGCCAGCGCCCCCACCAAGAGCCAGAAGCCCGGCCGCGGGGGCCUCCCCGAGCGGGCGCCCGGCCCCCAGGACGCCGGCGCCGAGGGGGCCGCCCACGCGGCGGCCGCCCCCAGCCCCGCCCCCCCGGCCCCGGCGCCCCGGGGGUCGGGCGGCGGCAGCCCCCGAGGUAAGGCACCAGCGGCGGCGGCGGCCGAGAGGAGCCCCGCGCCGGCGCGACCCCCGCGGGCGCCCCCGGGCCCGGGGCCUGCGGGGAUGGCGGCGACGUGCAUGAAGUGCGUGGUGGGCGUCUGCACGGGGGCGGAGGCCGAGGGCCUGCGCCGGGAGCCCCCACCCCGCCCCGGGCCCGACGGCGGCCCCGUGGCCAUCGGCCAACAGCCCCGGGCCCGGGGGGAGGCGCUGGGGAGCCCCGGCCUCCGCCCGGGCCCCGGAGCCGCCCCGGGGAGAAGCAGCGAGGCCCUCGGGGGCCCCGGCGCCCGGCGGCAGGGGCCCGCUGGCGGCGGCUCCGUGUCUUCGGACUCCAGUAGCCCGGACAGCCCGGGCAGCCCCCAGGGGGCCGUCCGGCAGCCCGAGGGCGCCCACAGGCCACAGGGGGCCCUCCAGGGAGAGAUGAACGCCUUGUUCGUUCAAAAGCUGGAGGAGAUCAGGAGUCACUCCCCCAUGUUCUCCACGGACACCCGCCUCUUCCCUGUGCAGCGGCCCAUCUCCCCCCUGCGCAGCCUGGAGACCAUAGCCGAGGAGCCGUCGCAGGGCCCGGGGCCCGGCCCCCCCCAGCAGGGGGCCUCCCCCACCAGCCCCUCCCGGGGAGGGCUGCAGCGCCCCGCAGGACCUGGAGGCAAAGGGGCCGGCUCCCCACGGUCGGCUCUGGGGGCCCCCGGGCCCCUCCAGAUCAAGACAGGGAAUGACGAGGAGCGGCCACCAAAGCUGCCCGACGGCGGCGAUCCCCGUGGGACAGAUGGCAAGAUCCGCCCCCAGGUCCCGGGCCACCCGCCUAGGGUCAGAAGGGCCAAGAGUGAGGGCCAGGUGCUCUUCGAACCCCUAGGCACCUGGCGGCUCCCGGCCGGGCCUGCCCCGACGCCCUCGGUCUACUCGGACGCCACGGGCGGGGACCGGCUGUGGCAGCGCCUGGAGCCCGGCAGCUACCGCGACAGCGUGUCCUCGUCCUCCAGCAUGUCCUCCAGCGACACCGUGGUGGACCUGUCCCUCCCGAGCCUGGGCCCGGGGCGCAGCCGCGAGAGCCUCCCGGGGGUCCCGCCCGGACGCCUGCCCUCCUGGUCCUGCUCGGCCUCCGCCGCCCGCCCGGCCCCGCCGCCCGUGACCAAGAGCAAAUCCAACCCCAACCUGCAGGCCGACGGGCCACGGCCCCGGCCCCUGGCCCCCCGCCCGCAGGGCCUCUGCGGCCGGCCGCCGCGCCGCCUCGCCCUGGGGGGCCAGCCGGGGGGCCCCGUGGCCGCCAAGUCCAAGAGCCUGGGGGACCUCACGGCCGACGACUUCAGCCCUGGGUUCCCGAGCCGCUGCCGCAGCCUGAGCCGCAGCCUGGGCCCCCCGGGGGCGGCCCCGCCGCGCACGGACGCCCUGACGGAGCAGCUGCGCUGGCUCACCGCCUUCCAGGAGGCGGGGGACAUCACCUCCCCCACCCGCCUGAGCCCCGCCGGGGAGGGGGGGCCGGGGGCCCCCGCCUUCCUGAGGCGCUCGUCCUCCCGCAGCCAGAGCCGGGUGCGGGCCAUCGCCAGCAAGGCCCGCCAGGCCCAGGAGCGGCAGCAGCGGCUGCGAGGCCUGGGCCCGCGGGGAGCCCCGGAGGAGGAGCGGGGCACCCCCGAGGGGGCCUGCUCUGUGGGCCACGAGGGCUGCGUGGACUCGCCGGUCCUCUCCGAGCCGGGGUGCGGGGCUGCCGACAGCCGGCUGCUGCUGAGGCUCUGA